UUUCAAGCUUCCUGAAAAACCUUCUCAAUUCAUUUUUCAGACAUCUCUGUGUACAGGAACCCUGGCAGAUAUAUAUGGAACAAACUAACAUAGUUCCAAUGUACUAAAAAAGUGGCAACAGGAAACACCCCUUGAUUACAGACCUUAUCAUUGACAAGUGUAGUGAGCAGACUGGAGAAAUGUCACGCGUGGAGUACCUCAAAGUACCAGUGCCUGUGGUACCUGGCUUGUACACUGUGGCUCAAGGCAGGUACCACCACAGGCACCUGAGGAGACAAUGCUGGCGUCGAAGCCCUUAAUCAGCCAUUAAGGCUGGCGCGUGGAAAAAUGCACAAAAGUUGCAAAAUAUUCGACCCAUCGCUACAUUCUACACCGGGGUCAAUCCAGUCUUAUCACAACCAUCACACCCAGAGGAACUCCGCAUCCGCCCACACAGGAAAAAUGUCCGACCCAAAUAACAACCAGACUGAAGACUACGAUCAGGAUGAUGAUCUUCAAGUCGAACUGUGCGACUGGGACGAAGAGGAGGACAUACCUGAUGAAGUGGUCAUCGUCAUCAACAACGAUGACGAAGAAGAAGAAGCGGACCAAACUGGUGCAGAGGGCCUGAGUGGUUCAACCACUCCACGGGAGGAGCAAGAGGACCAGGAGCAACAGAAACCCAAUGAAGAAAAUGUCCAGAACUUCACGACUCAUCGUACUAAACAGUAAUACUGAACAAAAGGAAAUAGGUUUACAAAAACAGAAUGUGAUGAUAUAAAGUAAUAAUAACAAAAAUUUAAUAACAGUUACCUGCGAAGGUAGUAGGGAGUGUACAAGUGUUGGGUAAGAAGAAAUGUCAAAAUGUUGGGAGUCUGUGACCAAAGGGAUAUUUCUUCUAAAUUACUCAAAAUGUUGGGAGGCUGUGGACAAGGCGAUGCCGCUUCUCAAUGAAUUAUUAUAUUAAACCUCAGCCAAGUUACGAGUCUGCAUCUACGUUGUAGUUCACCAAUGUUGGUGAUAAUUGUUUUUGCUAUGUAAUGCAUUCUUGAAGAACAUUAUGUUUUGUAACAUUAGAACAUAAGGAUCUUAUUGUGAGUUCACAUCCAUUAUUCAUUUCUUCCCACCUUUUGGAGUGUAAGGAUUAAUUAAUUAGUUCCUUUGCCAUGAUUGAACUUACAGAGUAUUGGAGGAUAGAAUUUCAGAGAUAAAUGAAGCUUCGGCGAUUAGAUUAAUGAGAGGCGAGGGAGCUAAUGAACUAAUUCUCUCACAUCAAAAGGUGGGAAGAAAUGAAUAAUGCAGGUGAAAGCAUAAUAAGAUCCUUAUGAUCUAAUGUUACAAACCAUGGUGUCAUUCAAGGAUGAAUUUAAUUUCCAAGUUCACAAUUAACACCAACAUGGGAAGAAUACAAUGUAGAUGCAGUAAUUUUUCUCUCUAUGUUCCCAGACUCUUGCUGUAGUUUGCCAAUUCAAUGAUAAUCGACAUCGCCUUGUCCACACCCUCCCCACAUUUUAAGUCACUAACUGUAGGUAGUAACUGAGUGAUUGUAACCUAUCCACCGCUGCCCACUGGAUGAGGGGCGGUGUGCAGGACAAAUA